CCUCAUUUCCGUCAGGGAGGCGCCUGGAGAGGAGCUUUGGCAUCUUUCUCCGCGUCAGGCCUGCUUUUCGUGAAGGAGGGCCUUGGAGGGAAGGCUUCAGGUGACCUCAAAGGAAGUGUUUGUAUCUUUUGUCAAGGAGUAGCUUCCCCCUGCAUCUUUCAAAGGGUCUUGCAAAGACAUGGAAGAGAGCGACGGGGUCAUGACAUCUCUUGCUUGAAAUGAAUACUGAUAAGUAAUUGAAAGACUGAGUGAGUGGCGCUGAAGAGACUACAGUUAUUCCUCAGCAAAAGAAAGCUAAACUGUUGAUUAUAAAAUCUGUCCGGUACGGCUUUCUUUAGGUCCUUCCGUUGUGUCUGACAGCGCUCCCACUUCGCCAGCGGCUCAGUCAUCCUGUGACAGUUUUGCCGAUGAAGGACCAGGUGAGGUGAUCACCAUGUCUGAUGGUUCCCCAAAUUCGCCAGAGGCUCAGUCAUCCUGCGACAGUUUCGGCAAUGAAGGACCUGAUAGCAGCUGCCUGGAGUCAGUGACCCAAGGGCUGGAGCCAUCCUCAUCAACCACAGAAGAGUCCAAUUCUAACUCUCUGGAAGCAGAAGAGAAGGCAUUCAAAUGCCAGGAGUGUGGGAAGCAGUUCAACCAGCGGUCGCACCUCAAGAGACACCAGAUUGUUCACACGGGGGAGAAGCCCUUCAAAUGCCUGGAGUGCGGGAAGGCCUUUACGGAGAAGCGGAACCUCACGGCGCACCUGAUGAACCACACGGGCGACAAACCUUACAAAUGCGAGGAGUGCGGAAAGAGCUUCAGCCAGCAGUCCCAUCUGAAGAGGCACGAAAUCGUCCACACCGGCGAGAAACCCCACAAGUGCCCCGAGUGCGGCAAAGGCUUUUCUGAGAAGCGAGACCUUGUCGGACAUCGAAUGAACCACUCGGGCGAGAAGCCCUUCAAAUGCGAGGAGUGCGGGAAGAGUUUCACCCGGAAGUCCAUCUUCAACUCCCACGUCUCCAUCCACACGGGGGAGAAGCCGUACAAGUGCCAGGAGUGCGGGAAAGGCUUUAGCUACAGCUCCGGCCUCAUUUUGCACCAAGUUAAGCACACCGGGGAGCGGCCCUACAAGUGCCUGGACUGUGGGAAGAGCUUCAGCCACCAGUCCAACCUCAAGCGGCACCAAACCAUCCACGCCUGGGAGAAUCCCUACAAGUGCCAGGAGUGCGGCAAGAGCUUCGUGGAAGAGAAGAGCCUCCGGACCCACCAGCUCAACCACACGGGGAACAAGCCCUACAUCUGCCUGGAAUGCGGGAAGACCUUCAGCCAGAAGUCGACCCUGAACGCGCACAUCCUGAUCCACACCGGAGCGAAGCCCUUCCAGUGCCUGGAGUGCGGGAAGAAAUUCACGCAGAGGUCCAACCUCAGCAGGCACCUGAUGAUUCACUCCGGGGAGAAGUCGUACGUCUGCUUUGUGUGCGGAAAGGGCUACGCGGAGAAGAGACUCCUCAUUUUGCAUCAGAGGAAACACAUUGGCUAACCCAAAUUUGGCCCAUGCCUGAUGUAAAGGAAUGUACGAAGAGCAACAGCCGGAGCUCAUACCUCAGCAAACCUCAGUUAUUCAUGCAGAGAGACUUAUUCAUCAAUAUGCAACCUUUCCAGAUUCCACUUGAACUGCCUCCAGUUGACUCCCUGCCCCAAAAAUGGGUGUUUCAUGUCCAUUGGACCCCUCGAUGUACAUUUAGGAAGAAUUUGGCAGCUGUAGAUUAGUAUUGAUCAUGUGAAUUCCUCGGCGUCACGAAUUCCAAGGAUACGGCUGUGCCCUGUUAUAUGUAAAGAGAGAGAAGGUUUGCAAAUUUUCACAUGCGUGGGCUGGUCCAUGAGGUCACGAAGAGUCGGCAACGACGGAACGAAUGAACA